AGUUGCUCAUUUCCUCUGCAGACUUUCUUUUGUGUGGAAGUCACAAGAAACGAAAGGAUAUGAGAGCCGGCAGUGCAGUGCUUGCCGGCGGGACACGCACCGCUACUUUUCCGACCACCGUCUUCCGAUGCUACUCUGCGGCCUCCGAGCACGUGUCCUUCAUUAGAGAUGUGGCUGUUGCAGAACCACCUGAGCGUCUACAUAAUCUUCUGAAAAUGCUUCAGGUGAGAGGUGAAACAAUAAUCUCUCCUGCAGCAAAGCAAGGUUUGAUUCCCCUGGCAAUACCUCUCGCUAAAAGAAACUCAGGCUCUGUAACUGCACUGCUGCGGUGGCCAACUGCUCUACCUGGAAUGGAUAUGCCAGUGGUGGAGGUUCGUAACUAUGGAGUCUGGCUAUUGGCGAAAAGUGUAGACCAAUAUAUCCAUCGUAUUCUGGUUGAAGAAGAUGCCAAAAAUUCGCAUGAUAGUGAAAAUGAACUAUUCCUUGCAGCAGCUGAUGCUGGUGAGAAAUUUUAUAAGAAGGGAGACUUUGCUGCCUCAAAGGCAUCUAGUCUAGAAGCUUAUAUCCUAAGGAAGGUGGGACUUUUUCCGGAUAUAAUUGAGAGUAAAGUUGCCCAGCAUCUUGAGAAGGGUGACCAUGUUUCAGCUAUGGUGACCGGUGAAUUCUAUACAAAGAAAGAGCAUUUCCCUGGAUUUGGACGACCUUUUGUCUUUAACGCGGAUAUCUUAUUGAAGGUUGGGCGUGAGGUUGAAGCCAAAGAUGCUGCUAGGGGUGCUCUAAAAUCACCAUGGUGGACCUUAGGUUGUGAAUAUAAGGAAGUUGCUGCUAUUGCUCAAUGGGAUGAUGAACAAAUUGAGUACAUUAAAGAGAAGGUGACCGAAGAGGGUAGACAAGAAGACCUCAAAAAGGGAAAAGACCUAGCUCAGGUUAUGCUCGAUGAAACUGCAUUCUUAUUGGAUUUAGCCUCAGUUGAUGGGACAUGGGAUGAUUUCCUGGAAAGGAUAGCCGAAUGCUACGAGGAGGCAGGCCUUCAUGACAUUGCGAAAUUUGUUUUGUAUCGGGACUGAGGGUAAGAAGAAAUUUAUUUACAUGUGACAUUUCUUAACAGUCCCAGUUUUGUUUCAUAACAAGCCUUGAUCAUCUCAAAGGAGUGUUAAUGAUAGUGUCAUGUCAUUGUCAACAAUAUGGUUAAGCAUGAUUUGGUUUUGUUUUGGUUUGCU